GUCUUCAUUCCCAAAUCGCAGCAUUACUUAUCGAAUCAACUGCCCAUUUGUUCUACGUCUCAGUUCUCCCCUACCAGGCCGUCUUGCCAGUAAAUACUUAUCAAAUCCUUUCUUUUCUGUGCUACUUCAUUCAUCAUGGCUACCACCACUACUACCACCCAUCCCACUAUUAUCCUUGUCCCUGGUGCUUGGCAUCAACCAUCAUCCUAUUCUUUGUUUACCACCGCCCUCCGUCGCCUUGGCUAUGAGGUCCACGUGCCCCGCCUCCUCACAUUGAACGGCUCCCGGCCGCCAAACGCCGGUCUAGAAGAAGACAGUGACCUGGUCCGCAACUAUGUGGAGAGCCUCGUCUCCGCCGGCCGUGAGGUUCUAGUCCUACUCCACUCCUAUGGCGGCCAGGUCGGGACCAAUGCCCUAUCCGACGGCCUUGGGAUCAAUUCUCGUCGCGCGCAGGGCCUUCCCGGUGGCAUCGUCCAGCUAGUCUACAUUUCCGGGUUCGCCGUCACAGAAGGAACUUCCAUGAUGGAUGUUGUUUUCGCGAACGGCCACGGCGAGAUUAUGGACGUGGCCUUUGACUUCGCCGACGACCGAACAUGUCUUCCCAGGGACUCUAACAUCUUAGUGGUCGGCCCAACUCAGAGAUCCGACGAGGAGACUGCUGCCUACUUUUCCACCUUGAAGCGUUGGAACGGAAAGGGGUUUGACGGCAAGCUCCAGCAUGUCGCCUGGCGGCCGGAGGAAGGGGGCAUCCCCAAUAUCGCUUACAUCUGCUCAAAGCAUGAUAUGACAGUUCCCUAUGAUUAUCAAAAAGGAUUUAUCAAAACAAUGCAGGACGCUGGAUGUCAGGUGCGCACCUGGGAGUUGGAGUCGGGCCAUACUUCAAUGUUUACUCAGUGUGAUGAGGUCGUGAAGAUUGUCCAUGAAUUGGCCACUGCGCACUGACAAAAGAAGUGAUGCAGUUGGGUCCUGCUUUGGGUGUUUUUUGGGUUGGAUUAUGCCGAAGUUUUUGGUUCCUAUGGAUA